ACCAGUGAGCACGCCGACAAUCAUAUCAUUUGGUCGUGGGCUGUGCUAUUACGUCGCACUUCACUACGCAUUAAAUCAGCUGACGUUAAUAAGGAGCAAGUUAGAAUACAACUAUCUAUGGCCAAAAUGAAGGUUUUUCUCUUGGUAUUAAUUGCACUUAAAACUACCCACGUGAUCUGUAAAGCAAAAACAKCCAUCAGUCCACGUGACACGACUUAUGACGUCGACGGCAACGAAUUAAAUGAUGUCAUCGACAACCAAGACAGUUCUCAGCAAGAACAUAGAAUGGAMAGUCAAGCGCCACGUGACGUCAAAAGUGGACCACGUGAUCSUGACGUCAUCUAUGCCAAUGAUGUCAUAGGUUCUGAUGACGACAAUGUCCUGGAGGUCAUUAAUGGAAGUGCGAUAGAGUCUGGAAGUAUUGUCGACGACGUACUCAGUAAAUUCAAGAAUUUUGACAAACCCAACAAGGGUGAAGAGUGGACCAAAUCGACCUUCACAAGAGCGUUGAAAGAUCUCGGGACGUUCAAGAAAAAAGGUCUUAAAUUACUGAGGAUGAAAAGCGAAGAGAUCGAGGAUUUG